AAGACUGUUUUACUGGUUCUGAUGCUGUUGAUGUAGUAUUAAGUCAUCUUAUGCAAAGUAUGUGCCUAAGUAGCAAUGACAUCUCUCGUCUUAAAGGAGUACGUCUUUGCCAGUUUCUAAUGAACAAUAAAGUAUUUGAACCAGUAGGAAUGAAGCUAUUCAAAAAUGAAAAGAAAUUGGAAUUUGAAGAUUCAAGUAAUUGUCUCUACAGGUUUCUAGGCAAUAAAUCAUCUCAUAGUUUUUGCAAAAAAAAAAAGGAUGCUGAGAACAGGCUUAAUAAGGAACUAAAAGCAAAGGAAACUUUAAGACCAAAAGAUGAAAUGAUUUCAAAUCCUAUUGUACAAGAGGUUGCUGAGGAAAGAACUGAAGAAUUUAUUCAUGGGAGUGGGAAUUUGGCUCUUCCUCCAAAUACCAUAGUUGACAAACCUGUUCUUUCACUUUCCAAAGAAGCUGUGGAAGAUGUUUGGAAGCAACAAACAUUGUUACGUAUUUUUCAACUGAUUGACCUUCCAUUCUUGGAAAAUAUUUUGGAGCCUCCAGUUAAAACACAAAAUUUUCAUUUAAGUAAAGAGGAAGAUCUCAUUAUAUCAAACACUUGUCUAGACAGAGAUGUUAUUCCAAACUUAUGUAUUCUUGAGAUUGACAACUGGCUUAAUGCAGCAAUUGAAUGCUUGGAAUAUUUCCCUGACCAGUUAAUAGUUACAGUUAGUCAGCAGUUAGUGCAAAACAGAAAUGAAGAGUCAAGAUUGAAUAUACAGAAGAAGAUAUUCUUUGAUGUCAUAGUAAAAUAUUACAAUCAAGAGAGAGAUUGCCUAUUAACUGAUGAGUAUUUUGAUAUUCAGUCAGGAAUUAUUGAACUUCUAGAAAAUGAGAAAAGAGCAAAAGCACUUGAGGCAACACAACUAUAUCUGAGAUUGUUGCUGCCCAAUAUUAGAGAAGAAUUACGACGGCUACUUACUUUUAUGGCUAUUGCAUCAGAACCUAGUGCCUACAAGUUACAAAAGCAGUGUGAUAACAAAACUGUGGUCCUGAAAACUCUUGCCAAAGCAGUUUUGCAAACCAAAUCAUUAUUAAAAGUACAGGCGGAACAACUAGUCUGGUUUCUACUGGAGUUUCACACUGAGCUCUUCAAGACGCCAGUUAUUUUAUUGGAUCUGGUUAGUAAGAAACUUAAGAUGAUUCUACAUGGAGAAGAUCCAGAUGCCAUAUCAGGGUUCACAUUUUGCCAACGUUUGACAUAUAAGGAAUUCGAAAAACAAAAGGAAGAGAAAAUUCAUUAUCUUCACCAGUUGGUUCUUGAAAUUAAUAGUAAUCCCACCAUCUCUCUGAAACAAAAAAAGAAAUUAAUUAAGGAAUUUCAAAAACACCAUCCACAAUCUUUGCAUUAACAUUUCUGCUACAAGAAACUACAAUUUGUAAAGAUGAGCAGCUCUCUGGUAGCUUCCUCAAACUAGUACUUACACUUCAGGGACAGACUAGCCUCUGAGUAUUGGGUUAAAGUCUCAGCACUAUCAAGCUAUUAUCGCCAGCCACUGCUGCAAAAGUUUGAUCCCUGGCCAAGGAGCUAAACCACAAGGUGCAGCUGACCUCUCCUGUCUUUGCCCGCUGCUCCCCUCAGCAGUGUAUUUCAGUAGAUCUGCCUGUGUUGCUUCCCGCUCUGUCUCUGGUGAAUCCACUCACCGCCUGUACCUCUGGCCUGCAACUCUG